ACGAACUUUAUUUACAAAUAUCAACAAACUUUUAUCGAAACGAAACGUGCGAAGAGACCCUGUUUUACCGACAAUAACGUCAGCUGUCAAAAUUGGUUCCCCAACGCCACUAGAGGCGCUGUAGUCAGCUUUUCCCUCUCCUCUAUUGUUUAUGACAAUUACAAGCUUCACACCGACGCGUCACCGUCGGGUUUUAUUUUAAUUUUAUAAUUAUAAGUGACAAAGUAAAUUGUGAUAAGUGUGAUUUUUAUACACAUCUUGGUGAUAAUAUUAGUGUUAAGAUUUGUUAAGUUAUUGUUGCAACGUGGAAAACAAACGAGCUUACCCUGCCUGCAGUGCGUGCCACGAGCCCCAGAGUCCCAGCCAUUAGAUUGAGUGGAGUGUCCCCUGUGCCCACACGUAGCCCUGUACGCAGCCAAAAUUCCGCGAGACACUACGGACACCUGCUCCAGCAUGGAACUGGAGAAAGCCCCUACUCUCCACGAGGAAGACUCCAAAGUUACCCUCACUAUCAGACUGAUUAUGCAGGGGAAGUCUGGAGCAAAAAUCAACAUAUCCGAUGGAUCAUGCCCAGAACGGAUUGUCACUGUUACUGGCAACACAAGCGCUAUAUUCAAAGCGUUCACACUCAUAUGCAAAAAAUUCGAAGAGUGGUGCUCGCAGUUCAACGAGGGCGGCGGCGGUGGGUCCCGCGCGCCGAUCACGUUGCGUCUCAUCGUGCCCGCCUCGCAGUGCGGCUCGCUCAUCGGCAAGGGCGGCUCCAAGAUCAAGGAGAUCCGCGAUGUCACCGGUGCUAAUAUACAGGUGGCGAGUGAAAUGCUACCAAACUCAACAGAGCGAGCCGUGACCAUCAGUGGGACUUGCGACGCUAUUACACAAUGCAUUUAUCACAUCUGCUGUGUUAUGCUAGAGAGCCCACCAAAAGGCGCGACAAUUCCCUACAGACCAAAACCAAAUGUGGCCGGCCCAGUCAUACUAGCCGGCGGACAGGCGUACACAAUCCAAGGCAACUACGCUGUACCUGCACAAGAUGCGGUGUGCGCGCCAGUGUUCCCCGUGCUGGAGGUGAAGCCCCCGCUCGUGGGCGCGCUGCCGCCGCACCAUCUGCUGCCGCCGCUGCACGACCACCACCUCAUGGGAGGUCUGGCUAAGUCACCUCUGGCCGGCCUGGCCGCCUUAGGUCUCGGCGGCCUAGGGCCAGCUAAUGCCGCCGGACUUAAUCCAGCAGCGUUAGCGGCUUUAGCUGGGUCACAACUGCGCACAUCAAACCAGUCGCGCAACCAGCCCGCCACCAAUCAACAAUCACAUGAGAUGACAGUACCCAAUGAAUUGAUAGGCUGCAUCAUCGGAAAGGGAGGUACCAAGAUCGCAGAGAUCCGACAAAUAUCCGGAGCUAUGAUCCGGAUAUCUAAUUGCGAAGAACGAGAGGGUGGCAGCACUGACCGAACCAUCACUAUCUCUGGCAACCCUGACUCCGUAGCACUGGCCCAGUAUCUCAUCAACAUGAGUGUGGAGCUACAGAAGGCGAAUCUGGAGGGUAGCACCAGCGGCUCCGGCAGCUCCACGUCGCCCAGUCCGCUCGCGUCCGCCAUCCCGCUGGCGCAGCUGCUCAGCAAGUCCGGGGCGCUCGGGGCGCUCAGCUCGCUGUCGGCGCUGGGCGGGCUGUCGGAGCUGCUGGCGCCCGCCGCGGGGCCCGUGCAGACCACGGGCGUGCACCGCUCGCACGCGCACAAGUACUCGCGGCGCCAGGACGAGGACGCGCCCGCCAAGUCCUCCAAGGACCGCAACAAGUACAACCCCUACUAGCGGUGCACGGCGUACCGGGAUGCCGCCAACUGAUCGCCGUCGUUUCGUCUUAUUCGUGUUACUCUCAAAUCAUGUAACUACAAUUGUCAUCGUUAGAUUUUACGAUAUGUACGAGCCGAGUAAAGCUUAGUGUCGUCACUGUAGGAGCCCGCGCCUGGUGCGAGGCUGUAUCGAGGAACUCGGUGUCGCUCGGUCACCUCUGUCGGUGGUAACGCCACGCCCUCUAACAGUCAUUCAUCAUCAUUAUCGUUCAAUAUUAUUUCUAAGAGUAAAUAAAAACAGUAUAACAUUUUGAGAAAUCUGUUUUCAUCUUUUUUACUUUAUUCGUUGUAUUGAAAGAUUUAAACAUUUUUGUUACUAAAAAAAUUAAUCAUAAUUAUGACUCUUUCUUUAACAUCGUAUUCUCUCUUAUUUCAACAUUUAUUUGGUGAUUUAAAAGUAUUUAAACCUCUUUCAAUAUAAAUAAUACUAAAUACUUGUUACAAUUAUUGAUUUUCUAUUUAAAUUAGAUCAAAAUAUUUGAUGUAUUUCAAAAGCAUGACUGCGCUAGAGAAAGCUUUUAUAUGACGAAAGAAUACCUCGACGAAGUAAAAAACAUUAUCUAAUAUAUUAAAAGUCGUUUUUGAUAACUAUUAAAUUAAGAUUAAAGUAUCCGGGAAGUAUAAUAUCAUCAUUACAAUGAAAUAAAAUCACGAUGGUAAUACUAAGUGCAUAGUAUAUGUAACGAUACACGAUGGACUUAGGACGGGAAAGUGAAAUAUUUACGAAUACGACAACUAGGGAUCUUGACAAUAGUAGAAGUACGUAGAAGCUAAUGGCUGUAGAAUAUACAGAGUGCUUUGCGUUCAGAUGUAAUGAAAUGUCUAUUUGGAAUCAAAAUACAGGGUGUCACAAUCACGAGAGUACAUCAAACGAUACUUCUUUUCUUUAGACGAUUCUAGAAACGAAUGCUACUUGUACUCCGACUUUUUAUUCGUUUCAGUAAAAUGACAGUUUACCUAACGCAAUCGAUUACUGAAUCAAAUCGAUUCGAAUCGAUAUUAAAUAUUACGAAUAGGUAUGCCAAAUGAUUGUCACCGUCUGGCAUAUUUACAAUAUUUUUUCUAUGACAUCAUCAGCUAUUCAUUGUGUUUUUCCUUUUAAUUGAAUAUGAGGCAUGCACUUAGAUCAUGCUUUUCUUCUUUCUAUUAUUUAUAAGUCUUGACUAAAAUCGUUCAUUGUCAUUUUGAUUUAUCGAAUCGAUUGCUGAAUGACAAAAAAGCGCACUGAAUCGAAUAAAAAGUCGGUAUGUAGGUAUUAAAUUGUAUUUCACCUCAUUUGUACACAUUCAUUUAAACAUUAUCGCGAAGUAUUGUUUGAUGACAAUACCUCUGUAUACACAUUUUAAAUGGAAGAUCAAAUUAGAAUUUUUGACAAAACUAUUAAUAAUAAUAAAAAAAUCACUUUUAGUUUCGACUAUCUCAGUUUACAACUUUAUCCGUUGCUAAGUUACUGUUCCUUAAUUUUCGAGGCAUUUUAGAAAUCAAUGAGUACUUUUAGUUCAGUUUUGUAAAACUAUAAAUUUUGUAACAGAAACAUGCUACGCAAUAUGAUUGGUUGACGAUGCUGGCGACUAAUUUGAUUGGUUGUUUAUAUUAUGAUCAGCCAAUCACGUUAGCUGUCGGGGAGCAAAGCAAUAAGUUGAUUGGUGUAUAUAGAUAAUGGGUGUUAUGCAUGAUAUUGUUAUAAUUUAUAGUUUUAUAACGCUGUCGGAUGGUCUGUGUACGACUUUAAUUUUGUUAAAAUAUCAAUAAAGUGAUUCGUUUGUAGUUGUAUGAGUCAUUUCUACUUGCGCCAAAUAUAUUCCAAUAGGAAUGGGAAUGUUGGAUAUUUUUAUUAUUUAUUAUACAUUUAUAGCUACUUAUGAUUCUCAAGAUUAUUAUAAGUAGUUUGGACUGUUUUAUAUUUAGGUGACCUUAUUAAGUAUAAGGCAGACAGCGCCGUUACGUUAGAUAUAGCGAGGCUAUAGCAGAUUAGUUAGGUAAUGGCGUUGGAAUGUCACUACAUUAUUUUAUUAAUUAGUGCGAAUUUAAAAUUGAGGUCCAAUUCGUAUGUUUCUAAAUGUAGUUCCGUAGGGAAUGCAGAUUAUUUAGCUGUCAAUAUAACUUUUUAUUUGUAAUUAAAAUCAUGUUAAUUUUAAGGUAGUAAACGUUUUCUUAUUCGUUUCAGGUUUAUAUUACUCGCUAGAAUCGUUAAGCAAAAGUGUAUUGUUUUAAAGUACAUACUUAAUAAAAAUAAUAAUAGUACGCGUGUGUUUUUUAUUGAUAACAGUUUUGUCUAACAGAGUCGUCGGUCUAGUAUUAAGUGCAGGUAACUUGUAUAGUUAAGGUUCCGAACACAAAGCUUCCUUGGAGAACCCACGCCACAAUCCUGCCCACCCACGGCACCAACCAUUCCCGUGAAUACCCGACAUGCAGAACUUUGCUCCAUCGUGUACUAUCCUACUGCUGGAUCAUCCAAUGUCCUGGUAAGAGUUUUCCUUACAUUUAAUUUAAAUCCUAGUGUUUCCGUUUUAUUCUUACUUGUUUCUAUGAACGGGCUUUACGUCUCAACCUGUUACUGCUUCAUCCUAUGAACUCCAUUUCCAUCCAAGCUGUUCUUUGAUUGUUAUAUUUUGACCCAACACGAAAAUAACUCGUUUAUGUCCCAAUGAAUGGAAUUGACACUUGAUGAUUGUUUGACCGAUGUGACUUAGUUUGUUGCGAGGGCGAAUGAUUAAUGUGCGUGUGAUGUGUUCCAGGAUCACGAUGGAGACGGCCGGGCUGCCCCUGCCGGGCUACCACUACAUCGCCCCGAACCACAUCGUGAAGGCACCGAUCCAUUGAAUGGGGCUCCGCGGCCAGAAUCCCGGCGUUGCGUACAAGAUGUACCACACGGAACGCACCAUUCUGAUGCAGCCGCAAUACGGGACUCUGGCUCCGAUAUACUUCUUCAAAUGAACGUGACCAAAAUAAUCUCUCUAGUACGAGGUGACGCUAUUGGCAAGACAUUAGAUCCACGCUGAAUGUAUGUUUACAUUUGUUACGAGUUUAUAAGUAUUUUAGAUAUUCUUAUAUUUAUUCUCCACUGUAUUUGAUUGAUUGGAGCAGAACAUGUCAGUGGUUUAUAUAUCAGUGAGAUCUGGGGAAGGGGUUUGAAUAUGAAUUAUUAUAAAAGAAAACUUACGACUGACAUUUUAAAAUUUUUGCUAAUCCGUGAACAGUGAGCUUGUAAUAUAACUUCACAAAACACUUAUUUUAAAUAGUUAAAUAUUUAUAAUGAUUUGUCUCGUUCACUGGUCACGGCUUAUGAAUUUAUAACACUGGAGUUAGCUAAGCUGAUCGAAUUUACUAUGGAUUUAAGCGGUUGAGUAUAUCAAUUGUCUAUUGGAUUUAUUUUCCAUUAUGAUCAGUACCGACCACAAGUAAUAAUGUUCAAACUAAGGUAAAUCGAGUGUCGGCGUACAUUAGAUAGGUGUAGAUGCGUUACAAUCGACCUCGGACCCGCUGACGUAGCGUAGUGUUAGAUUAGCGAACAGAGUGAGAGGGUUUAAAGACAAUAUUUGUAAAUAAAAUAAUCGUAAUUACCUGAGAAUUAGGGGGUUACAGUAACAGUAGCGGCGCUCGGGCGCGGCGCGGCGAUACGAAACCGAUGGGAUCAAAUCCUUUAAGUAACUUACUUUAAAACGAAGACAGAGGAGAAGAUAACAUUUCAGUAUAUCAUUUAAAAUCGUCUAAUAUCACAAAAAAGACGUUAGGUAUAAAAAUAGUGUUGCUAAAUGUGAUAGUCUUCUAAUUUAUUUAACAUUUGAACUAUUAAGAUCUCUAACGUAUACACAUGUGUAGGAUACAUCGGCUACUGGGAAAUUGAAGUCGAAUAAUUAAUAUUGGUCUAGGGAUCAAAGCCAAAGAUUGUUAAAGUUUGUUUAACAUUAAUAAUGUUGUGGAUUUAUGCUAAAUUAUUCUGAGAGUAGUUAAUGUUUAGUGAUGUAAUGUAGAACGGUUGAUUUGAAUUAUUUUAUCACCCUCUCCAGACUGCUCAUUGUAUUUAGUCUUAGAUCAAAUAUAGUCCUGUGGUAAUCAAAUAUUUCCAAAAAAAGUAAAAAAAAAAUACACUUAGUUUAACGUAGAGUAAGAUAACUAUAGGACCACUGUAUUGAGAAGCGUUUCAGUGACAUGUCAUUAUCUGUGGAAGUAGAUGUGCCAACGUGCCGGUCACGACGGAUCGAGUGCCAAACAUAUAAACUGCAACUUGUAACUAAGGCAUAUCGUGUGCACUACACAUGUAUUUCUUGACAUGCUAUAUAACAGUAAAAGUAUCAAGUUAUAGAAUUACGUAAGCGAUUACUGUAUUAUCCACUACUUAUUAAUUUUGCACCCUAGUUAUAAGAUUUCUCGGUUAGAGUAAAUAUUCUCGAAACAUAUCCCGAAAACAUAUUCCCCAAGUCUUCCCCUGCAGUAUUUCAGUAAUUAAUGAUUGUGCCAAAGUUGUGUCUAAAAUUUAUUUACAUAAUUAUGUGUAUUUUAAUGUGACGUCGAUAGUAUUGAAAAUUAGUUCGUAUUUCGUUAAAAUCGUCGGUCGAUAUCGAUAUGCUAGUCAAAUUGUUCUGAAAGUAGAAAAAAUUAAGAAAUUGUAUAAUGCUAGUCAAAAUUUUGUUUUCUAUUGGUAUUUGCGUUAUGUGAAGAUAAUGAAAAGUUUA